AUGUCUGUAGAACAAGUCAAGUUAGCCGAAAGAGUAAAAGCUAGUGAAAUUCCGCUCCCAAAACUGCCACAAUCACAAAUGGGUUUAAUAACGUCCGAUAUACCACUGCCUCCUGGAGGUUACGCUAAAGGUAUUCUGAAGAAAUCGUUAGGAGCUCCAGGCCUUCCACCCAGUAUACUUCCCGCAGGUCGUAAACCCCCCGGACCACCUCCAGGAACACCUCCUGAAUUGUCAGACAGUGAAGAAGAAGAUAGUUCUCUUGACAUUACCUCAAAGCAACGCAAGAUCCGGUUUGCCGAUGCAGAUCCUACGCCGGAGCAAGAAAAACUUAUUGCUGAAUCAUCUCUCCAACUUGGCGAAAAGUUCACUGGUGGAUUUACAACCAUAACACCUCCCCUUUCUCAAAUUCCUUUGCCACCACCUAUGGCCUUGCCAUCAUUUACUGGCCUCAUCCGUCCGGGAUUUCCAGGAGCUCCGCAACCUACUCUAAGUCGUUUUACUUACCAACGUCCUACCGGGGCCAUAUUAUCUGCUCCACCUAGUUUGCACAUUCGUGAUCCACUUGAUAAUGCUGAACUUGUAAGUGGUCCAGCUGUAGCGAACAUCCCAACAAAUCAACCAAAUCCAAGUGGAACGACCAUUGAAGCAAAGCCCCAACUAAAAAAUUUGAUCGGUGAUGCGACACGCUUUGUCCCUACUGCGUUGAAAGUGCGUAGGACUGUUCGUGAUACUAGUGGCCGUCUAAUCACUACUGGUGGAGGCACAGGUGCAUAUGGAACAGGAAGACAAUCAAAUGCUGUUUAUGAUCGUGUUGCCAAAUCAGAUACAACAGGCAUCAUUUCUGGAUCAGCUACUAGCAAAGAUGACGCAUAUGAAGAGUUCAUGCGUGAAAUGGAAGGUCUUAUAUAG